GCCUCCACCUCCUCCUCCUCCACCUUCCCUGCCAGGUAAUCCUUAUCCUUCUCCAUGAUUCCUCCGGGACGCUGGGAGUGACUACGCUGUGUGUUUCCUGAUCAGAGAGACAUACCUGGGUGACAUGGAGCCCCCCAAAAAUAUUGUGAAGAUUGCCGUUCAGAUGAUGGGAGCGUACCCCCAGCUGAUUGAGCUGAAUCAGAGCAAACCUCUGUCUGCAGUGCUGAAGGAUGUGUGCGACGCGUGGAAUAUCAGUAAUUCUGAGCAAUAUGCCCUGCAGUAUGUGGAUGGACAUCAGGCAUAUAUCACCGAGCUGAACAGAAUGGAAAUAAAGAAUGGCAGCAUCCUAAAACUGACCACAUCCCCGGACAAGGAGGCCAGCAGCCUGUGUAAUGGUGUUCAGAGUCAGAAUCAAGAUGUGAGAUCAGAAUCUUUGAAGAAAUUGGCUGCUUUGUCCGCUGAUGUCACAUUUGCCCAGGAAUUCAUCAGCCGCGAUGGACUCCGUAUUCUGGCCAGAAUGGUGGAAGAACAAAAAGAGGGGGAUGUGAUGUGCCACACGCUGAAAGCCAUCGCCGAGCUGAUGGAACACGGCUUUGUGUCUUGGGAGACGUUCAGCCAAAGUUUCAUUCACAAGGUGGUAACAUUUGUGAACAUGAAUCUGAUGAUGGUGGCGAUUACAGAGUUGGCGCUGGUCAUCCUGGAGAACGUCCUGCAGAGUAAUCUCAAGCUUGGAGCAAUGGUCAAACAAGAAGUUCCUUUGGACCGACUUCUUACUUUACUGCAGGUGUCUAAUCAGCCCCUGCAAAUUAAGGUGAUGGCUCUGCUUGUGGCUCUGCUCCAGAAAGCUGGGAAUAAGGAGCGAGCGGACAUGCUAGACUUUCUGUGGAAAAAGAAUAUGAGGCAGUUCAUCCAUAAGCACAUUAUUCAUGGCUGGCCUGUCCUGGGAGAUGAAAUGAGCCAUUACCUGUAUGUCUUGCAAUGUCUAAGCCUAGGCCUGUUAGAAGAUCGGAUGAAGACUCCAAUGGACCCCAAUGAUGCUGAGCAGCGUCAACAACUCCAGAACCUUCGACUCACAGCUUUUCCAAAUGAGGGGGAAGAAGAAGGUCGCUUUACUAUGGACAGACGACAUUCAAUUUGUGCCAAUGAAUUCCGCAAACUUGGUUUCACAAACAAUGGCAGCCCGUGGCAGGACCUUGCUCUCACACCACCGGGACUAUUGGCUCUGGAAAAUAUGGUGUAUUUCUCCACACGCUUGCCCAGCGCUUACAGCCGGUUUGUCCUUGAAAACAGCAGCCGGGAGGAUAAACACGUGUGCCCCUUCGCUCGGAGCAGCAUUCACCUGACUCUCGUUCUGUGUGACAUCUUGCGGGUUAGAGAGACAGCUUCGGAGACAGGCCAAGGCUUUCAAGCUCUCUUCUAUGCACAAGACCACUUCAUGCAGGAACUAUUCUCUGUCUGCAUUCACGUGCUGAAUAAGACAUGGAAGGAGAUGAGAGCCACCCAGGAGGACUUUGAGAAGGUGAUGCAUGUGGUGAAGGAGCAGAUUUCUCGCACUCUUGCCCUCGCACCAACUACGUUGGACUUUUUCAGGACAAAGAUUUCAUCCCUGAAUUACAGCGAGAUUCUUCGCAGACGUCAGGAGGAGAGGCUGAUCCAAGAUGAAGCACUUUCCCCACCUGUGAUGGAACUAAGAGAGCAGCUUCAACCAGAACUCCUGAACCUGAUCAGACAGCAGAGACUCCACUUCCUGUGUGAGGGCACCAAGUUCAGGAAGGUCAGCAGUCGGCGGAGGCAAGAUAAACUCUGGUUCUGCCGCCUGUCCCCAAACCACAAAGUGCUGCACUAUGGGGACUUCGAGGACAACAUCGACAACCCUCCAAUUGAAAUGCUUGCAUCAAAAAUUGCAGUUGCAGAUAUAAAAUAUAUUCUGACGGGAAAGGAUUGUCCUCACAUAAAGGAGAAAGGUUCAGGGAAGCAGAAUAAGGAUCUCAUGGAUCAAGCCUUCUCCAUCUGCCAUGACGUGGACAGUUGUUUGAAUUUCAUCGCUCCCUCAUCUAAUGAUUUCUGUAUGUGGCUGGAUGGGCUUCAUGCUCUGCUCGGGAAAGAAAUGCCCAGUGAACGGUGCCGCACCGAUCUAGACCUACUGCUCAAUACUGAACUGAAACUCAGGUUACUAGACUUGGAGAAUAUUCAAAUCCCAGAACAUCCUCCACCAAUUCCACCACGGCCUACGAAUCAUGACUACUGCUACCACUUCACUUCUGCUGAGGCUUGACACCCAACAAAUCAAUGCAUGCAUAUAGUCUGCCAACAUUAAGUAGAAUUUAGAAUAAAUACACUGUAUGAAUGGACGAAGGAUGAGUACUACUUCUAGUAUUCUUACUUAUGUUUCUUUCAUUGAGGUCGGGUGGGUGUCUUCUUCUACAAUCUCCUGCUAUGGUCUUUAUGCCCCGAUCUUACUCAGCAGGUCCUAAUUUAUCUCAGCCUGGAACCAUUUGAUUUCCCGAUCUCGUCAACAGACACCUCGUCUAUCAUCACUUCAAAUAUCGGACAGAAGGAAGCGCCAUUUAUAGGAGCAAGAACGUGCAAUAGUCUUUGUGAAAGACAAACCCCACAAAGAAUCAAUACUAUGUAUAUUUGUGCAAUAAAAUCUGUAAUGAAUGUCA